GCAGCGCGGCGGCGGCAGCAGCGCUCCACCGGCUCAACCCGGUGGGCUUCAUCUAUUUAUUUAGUUAGUUAGUUUUGGAGCGACGCUGUCCCUAGGUCGCUGAUCCCAAAUGCACCGGCUUGUCUUCAUCUCCAUUCUCGUGUGCGCGAACUUUUGCAGCUACCGGGACACUUCUGCGACUCCGCAGAGCUCAUCCAUCAAAGCUUUGCGCAAUGCCAACCUCAGGAGAGAAGAGAGCAAUCACCUCACAGACUUGUACCGGAGAGAUGAGCAUGUUCAGGUGACAGGCAAUGGCCACGUGCAGAGUCCUCGCUUCCCCAACAGCUACCCACGGAACCUGCUCCUGACAUGGCGGCUCCAUUCCCAGGAGAAAACACGGAUACAGCUAGCCUUUGACCAUCAGUUUGGACUAGAGGAAGCAGAAAAUGAUAUCUGUAGGUAUGAUUUUGUGGAAGUUGAAGAUAUCUCUGAGACCAGCACUGUUGUCAGAGGGAGGUGGUGUGGCCACAAGGAAAUCCCCCCAAGGAUAACGUCAAGAACAAACCAGAUUAAGAUCACAUUCAAGUCCGAUGACUACUUUGUGGCAAAACCUGGAUUCAAGAUUUAUUAUUCAUUUGUGGAAGAUUUCCAACCGGAAGCAGCCUCAGAGACCAACUGGGAAUCAGUCACAAGCUCUAUCUCUGAGGGGGCCCAUCACGCCCCAUCAGUAACGGACCCUACUCUCACUGCCGACGCCCUGGACAAAACCAUUGCAGAAUUCGAUACUGUGGAAGAUCUGCUUAAGCACUUCAAUCCAGAGUCUUGGCAAGAUGACCUGGAGAAUUUGUAUCUGGACACCCCUCAUUCUAGAGGCAGGUCAUACCAUGACCGGAAGUCCAAAGUGGAUCUGGACAGGCUCAAUGAGGAUGUCAAGCGUUACAGCUGCACUCCCAGGAAUCUCUCGGUGAACCUCCGGGAGGAGCUGAAGCUGACCAAUGCGGUCUUCUUCCCACGGUGCCUUCUCGUGCAGCGCUGUGGCGGCAACUGUGGCUGCGGAACUGUCAACUGGAAGUCCUGCAUGUGCAGCUCAGGGAAGACCGUGAGGAAGUAUCACGAGGUAUUGAAGUUUGAGCCUGGCCAUUUCAAGAGAAGAGGCAAAGCUAAGAAGAUGGCUCUUGUCGAUAUCCAGCUGGAUCAUCAUGAGCGGUGUGAUUGCAUCUGCAGCUCGAGACCACCUCGAUAAAACAUGGUGCACAUAUGUACAUUAUGCUUGAAAUAACCUUUAGGUUAAGAAAAAGGGAAUAAGGGACCCUUUGACAACCCUAAACAGCCAGACUUGCUUCUAAUCGACAAUGCAGUGAAUAAAAGUGGAAACCUUGCUUUGUUAGUGCCGUGGCAAAAGAAAGCAUUCAUCAUCAAUUUCUAGAUCUAUAAACAUAGGAAUUCACUUAUUAACAGUAUGUGAAGACAUGUAUGUAUACCCAGAUACACAUCUAGCUCUAUGUGUGUAAAUAGAUGCAAAGCUGUAUUUACUGAGGUUCUCCAGAAACAAAUGAUUAGAUGAUUACUCAAUUUUGUGCUAAAGUAAGGAAUGUGUCAAACAUAUAAGAUAUAUUUUUUGAAGUUGAGAAGGUAAAUUUCUCUUAAAACUUUGUGUCAUAAAAUGUGUUGGAUCUUGCUCUCUUAAAGAAGGUAUUUGUCCAUUAAACAAAAGAUGAGACUUUCUUAUGUAUGUAUCUUAAUUAUAAGGAGAAAAAUAUAUGUAGUUUCUGGGGAUGAAAGCAAGUAGUUAAAUAUUUUCUUCAUGAGAUGCACUACACACCUACAAGAGUGGACAGUAAGUAUCUGUCUCCAAAACUGCACCACAGUAGUACAUGAUGGUUAAACAUCAGGUCAUUAAAUCCUCUUUUAUGUAUUUUGUCAAGGCAAGCUAGGUCACUGAGCAUCCUUCUCAAUGAAUUGCUCAAAUAAUUGGAUGAAUCUUUCAAGAGACAAGCAAUUGGUUGCAGCAGAACUUUGGAAUUAUUAUUAUUUUUUAUUCUAAAAAUCUGCAGAAAACCAAGUGUAUUCAGGAAUAGCAUGGCAUCAUGCCCGAGCCUUUCAACAUGAUAUUCACGGCAAGACUUAAGUGAUAGAAAGUCAGAAAUAAGCGAGUAUUGACAUAACUGGAAAACUAAAUGAGCUAUUAAAUAAGGUCCACAAUUUAAAAUGUGUUUAAUUCUCCAAACUGUGCCAAUAACUUUCUAUGUUUUGCUUUUGGGUUCUUAUCUUUCAAUAUAUACAUAUGGACUUGUGUUAAAUUAGACAAUCCAUCAUCAAACAUUUAUAGCCUUAAAGCUUUUGUGCAUUAACAAAACAACUAACUCUUAUUGAUGUUAAUCCCCAAUACUAUACUUAAGAUUCUGAAUAUCUAUUUCUGGAUCAGCAGAAAUCAGUCGUGUGUUGCCUAUCCUUUUCACGCCUUCUGACCUUACUCUACAGAGCCAGCUGUAAGUCGUGGAAGACAUCUGUCCUGCUUUCCCACUGGAAAGCUUUUUGCAUUGGUUAUUAGGAAUGAGAGUCAUUUUUCCUCAGUGGCUUCUCCAUAGCUAUUCUAAAGAGACUGAGUCCAGAAACGGGACGCCGUUCAUUGCUCUCCACAGCAAGAUGCUUGGGAGGGACCAAGUCAGCUUGAGGCUACAUUUUUCUUCCUGCGUUGAGUAGAAAAAAGAACGGAUUUCUUUGGUGAGUCCAGUGCUGCCCUGAGCCCGGACCCGUCUGGUACCAGUCCUGUUCACAGGCUGCUUUAGUCCAGUGGCAGAUGAGUGGUUCAGAUACACUUGUAUGGAUAAGUAUGAUGCUGUGCAAUCCAAGUUGCUGGCUCAGCAAACCUGCUUUUAUUGUCACAUAUCUUCUAAAGGUUCUGUGCAAUUAUCUGUCAGUUCUACUCGAAGGAUUAUUAAAAUUAAUACUGCAUUGCUCAGUUGUCCAGCAUGCCACAGAACAAUGAGAAGUAGGCCAGGUCCCAAAUCAGGAGCCACUUUUCUCUCUAUGGCACUUGCAAGCUUCCUGUGAAAUAAUGGUCUCCUGUACUAAAGCCAAGUUAUGUUCCAUUACUCAUUGUACACGGCACAGCUCAGCCACAGCUGUGAAUAUAAAACAUCAGAGUGCUCUAUCCAGUUUUCAAUAAACCUUCCUGGUGGCAAGAACCAGUUCAGGCCAUGGCUGGGCUUUGUAUUUAUUAGCUGCAAUGUAAACAGACAUGUGCACCUAUGUUGCCUUUUCUUUCUGGAGUGUUUUUAUUAAACCCUCUCCCUUGGUUAUCUGUUAUCUAUUGCACAUCCAACAUGUAUCAAAUAAAUCUGUUCCAUUGCUAUCAAAGAAGUAAAAAUAAAAAACAAACCAUUGUACAAAUUACAUUUCAAAACAACCCAAUAAAUAUACAGUUCUGCAUACAUCACUCACUUGGAAUAAUGCCUCUCAUUUCAUAUGGUCUUAUAGGGCAAAACACUUUCAUAAGUGGAGGGCUUUUGUGAUUUUUUUUUGUCAUAUCAGUAACAUGCAGCUUUUCCUCUCACAUUAUUUUCUAUAGAAAUGUAA